AUGGACAAGUUCUUCCUGCUGGAGCUCCCCAUUCUGCUCUGCUGCUUUAGGGUACUGUCUGGGUCAUUUUUAGACAGAGGUAAUGCAGUCAUCAAUAUUGUUCAGUGUAGGAUGUGUCACCUCCAGUUCCCAGGAGAAAAGUGUUACAAAGGAAGAGGAACAUGUAUUGCAACAACAGACGAGGCCUGCGCAGUUGGGAGAAUCUUUAAAAAGGAUGGGACUCCCUGGUUGACCUUCCUGGGCUGCAUAAAGAACUGUGCUGAUGUGAAAAACAUGAGGUGGGAUGUCUAUGUGGUGAACUUGAGCUGCUGCAGGAGCUCUGAUCUGUGCAAUGAGAAGCUCUAAAAGUGGCUGCUCCCUCUGUGGGUCUG